GCUUGUUUUCAUUCAGACGUUUCGACAAUGUGCUGGGUAACAUCAGUGAAGCCUCCGAUAAAGUGAUGUUGUUCUACUCCACUUGGAAUUUAUACUGUCCAGUCCAUUAUGAUACUCCGAGACACAUACGAUGCUUUUCUUGAUCAGGACGAUCAGAGAUUUCUACAUCUCGUGGCUGGAACCAAACCAAAUGAUCCAAACGCCUGGACGCAUUGUAAGAAAAGCCCCCCCUUGCCUGACGACAUUUAUAUCAGGCGGAUGGCACAGUCCUUACUCCUGGCACAGGCAUGCUCUGUCCUUGGGGACACCGAGACUCUGAUGGAUGAAGAUUGGAAGGAGAUAGCUCGGGAGGACAUUACCAGCCUAGGCUCCAUGCAAAUAUUCAGACGACCGGAGUCCAAAGAAACUGACAUCAAGGAUAUGACCUUUCAGGAGCUAGCACUGAAGUUCCCAAAAAUGGCGAUUGAGGAACUGAGCAAGAACUUUCUGCAAUACCACAAGAAGUUGAUCCUCCUAGGUCUGAUCGAUAGAGAGGCCUUACGAGACCAACUGUGGAAGGAUCUCAACCUUAAAUCCAUAAAAGACGGAAACCAUAUCAUUAACAGACCCAAGACAAUGCCCAGGAGCCUGAUGGAUCUGCUGAUGAACCCGACAGCUGUCCUCUUCUUCCAGCGGUUUCUCGAAGCCUACGAUGCAGAAGCUCCAUUGCGGUUCUGGCAGACAGUUGAAGAACUCCAUAGCCUUCACACUGAGAAACAGAGACAGCAUGGCAUCAAAUGGAUCCUCAACAACUUCUUCAAUCCCAAUUUCAACGCAGAGCAGUUUCUCCAAUGCGAUGCAUCGGUUAUCAAGGAGAUCAUGGAAUCGAUUGAGUCUGGUCACCAAAUCACCAUGAACAUGCUUUUACAAGCUCAGUCCGAUAUUCAGGACAGUUUGCGUCACAACUGGUUUGACCAAUACCUGAAAACAUACCCAGAUCAGCCUAUUGAGCGUUCGCCUUCCAUGUCAAUCCUGAGGUCAAUCCAGACGAUAAGCCGGAAGAACCGCUCAUGGAGGGAGCUGGUGGCUAUCAUCAGGUCGGUCGUCACCUUCCGGCGGAUGAUCUGGAAUCCCCAGCUCCGCCUUCACUUCAUCCACUUCCUGCGCGAUGAGGUCUACAACAAUGACCAGAACAUUGUGACAUCUCGGGUCAUGACCAGAGUGCCAUCCCAGGGCGGUUCCCUCAUCUUCCGAGGGAUUGAUUAUGUGGACGAUUCUGACACCCCACACUUGAGAAAGCGAACGAUGUUCAAUCGACAGGUCAUAAUCAACUACCUGGUCAAUGAUCUGCACUUCUGCAUGGAAAUCGAGCAGUACGUGAAACGGGCAGAAGCUGCAAUCAUGAUGGCUCAAGUGGGACUGCACGACGAGAUUUACGAAGGAUUGCUUCGGGCCAAAGUGGAAAUGAUCAUCAGACUCUUCCUGCACGCGGACACUCUGCCGAGGCUCAGGGUGAAUAUCAUGGACUAUGAGAAAGACAGGAUCAUUAUGAGCAGUCGCCAUGGCAAACUGGAGCCGGAUCUGUUCCACCAAGCACGGAUGACUAUCAUCCUCCCUCUGCUUCACUUCUGGAGAAGAUACUGUGUUGCGAAUUCUUUAAGGAUACUUGGGAAACCUAGGCCUUCAUGGAAGAAGGAGCAUUCACCUUCAAAUUAUCUCUAUCCAUCUCUUCAAUAUAUGACCAGUGCCUUGGUGCCUCAGUAUACUGCAGAGGAGUUCCCGACCCUCCGGUUCACACUGGCAAAAGGGAUCCAGUUACUGAUGCCUCAGGAGAAGGACAAUGCCAAUGCUGCAGAACAAGAGAAGGAUGCUGUCCGGGAAUCUCAGAUCUCUCAAAAAGGGAAGAAUCCAAUGAAUAGCAGAGUCUCCAUCUCAAGUCAGGGCCAAGCGUCAGUGAAGGAAGCUAGACUUUUAUCGAGAAUGGAAGAACAAGAAAGGGAACAAACAUUUGAAGACUUUGGAACCGAACUGGGUAAUAACUUUCGAGAUCUCUGCGAGUCCAACAAUCCAGACCUCUCUCAGGCAGAAAAGUUCAUUGGAGAGGGAGCCUUGGAAAAUCUCAGUGUUGACACGAUUGGCUCCAUUUUAUGUAAAGUUGCCAUGAAAGGUCACGAAGAAAUCAUGAGGAAGUUGCUUUUGAGUGACAAGGUAGACGUGAAUUACCAGGAGCCGAAAUAUAAGUGGUCGCCCCUCCUUAACGCUGUGCAAGCGGAACAUGAGAGAAUUGUUGACUUGCUGUUGGAACACGGGGCCGACCCCAGGCUCCAGAAGAAGAAUGGCGCCUCGCCUUUCAUUGUCGCUGCAAUAACUGGUAAUGUGAAUCUGCUCAGCAAGUUUCUUGAGCUGGGUGCAGAUAUCGACGAGGCAGACAGCAAUGGUUUUACGGCCUUUAUGGAAGCAGCACAGUAUGGCCACGAGGAGGCGCUGCGCUUUCUCUUCCAGGAAAAGGCCGAUGUGAACAAGCACAGGAUGGUCUCUGAGGCCAUGGCGAAAAUUGGUAAAGGAGGGAAGACAGCCCUGAUUGAUGCUGUGUUGAACAAGCGUAAGGACAUCGUUGAGAUCUUGUUGGAUGAAAUGAAGGCGGAUGUUAAUGCAUUUGACAACCUUGGCAAAACGCCACUCAUCCACGCCUUGGAGAGCGGGAAUGGGGAGAUUGUGGAGAUUCUGUUAAAGCGGGGAGCCGACGUUAACGCCACAGACAAAAACCAGAACACGCCUCUGAGCGUUGCAUUGACCAACUGUAGCCCUGACAGCCCCCUGUUGGAACAGCUCGUGAAGUGCACCCAGAAUCUGAAUGUCCAGGACAGCCAUGGGAAAACACCAUUGAUCCGUGCAGUAGAGAAGAAGAUGUCAGAGGUGGUUAAACUUCUGCUGGAGAUUGAGGGCACGGCAAUCAAUGCACAAGAUCAUUUGGGCCAGACAGCCCUACUAGCAGCUGUGGAAAAUAAGGAUAUGUUGUUGUCACAAAUGCUGUGUGAGAAAGGGGCUGAUGUAUCCUGUACAAACAAUCACGGGGACACGGCGUUAAUGAUAGCCAUAAGGAAGUAUGACAAUAAAACUAAAAAUAUACUGAUCAAGCAUGGGGCAGAGAAGGUGGCAUCCAGUGGCGGAAGACCUCCUUCAAAAUGGAAGGAGCACAGCCAACGUUGGAAAAUAAUCCUUGGAAACCUGCAGAGGGAGCACCGUGGUCCCAUUGGGAAACUGAAACUAUCCAGAAUCCCCGAUUAUAAGAUUAGAGAAGAACUCAAUGUGACGGAAGUCUACCUUGGUUUCGUCAAUAAUGAGACGGAAGUGGCGGUGAAAUGUCACAGGAAGGGUGUGGAAGGAGCCAAAAGAGAAUUGGAUUGCCUCCGUGAUCCCAAGAUCAGUGGCAGCAGUAGCUUUGCUAACCUCCUGCAUUGUGAAAGUGAUGAUUAUUGUGAUUAUCUCUGUCUGAACCUCUGUGAUUAUAACCUUGAGGAGUGUGUGAGCGAGUGGCCAGACAAAAUGCGAGGGGAUGCCCCUAAAAUAAUGAAGCAGUUGGUUCAGGCUCUACAGCUCUUGCACAAGGUUAAGUUUGCUCACCGGGAUUUGCAUCCAACAAAUGUCCUCAGAGAUGUUGAAGAAAAUUUUCGCCUGGCAGAUUUUGAUAAGAGUGUGCAUUUUGAUAAGAAUCCAGCUGUGCCGAUUUGCUCUGGGACCUGGGAAGCUUCAGAAAUCCUGCAGAAACUGGAACGUUUGCCAAAGGCAGCGUUUACCGAGGAUGAGCUGUUCAAAGCAGACGUGCAGGUCUAUGAGCAGCAGCUUGAAGGAAUCAUUGACCAAUCUGUUCGCAAACAGAAAUCUGUGCCCAGAAAGGAGCUUGCAUUUUCCAUAGCACAGUGGGCCAAGUGUGACUGCAAAGGUGUAAAGUCUGUCUUGUCUUUGAGAGAUGAUCGCAAUAGCCAGUACAAUUGGAUUCCCAAGGGGUGGGGCUAG